GAGAUACCACAACACUCUUACCACUGCAAUCCACUACUUCCCUCCACCCCAACACCUCUCAUCUACACCACCUUACCAUAUACACCAACUAGCACCCUACCAUGGACGAAGAAGACGAGGCGCCAAUCCUCACAGCGGUUUCCAGCUCCGCCCGCCAGCUGUACCAGCUCCUACGCUGCAUCAACUUCUCGGAAAAAGCGCACGUUCAAAUCAGCGACGAAGGCCUCAAGUUCUCCGUCGACGAAGCCAGCGUCAUGGAAGGCUCCGCCUUCCUCGCCAAAUCCCUCUUCACAACAUACACCUUCCGCGCGCCCCGGCCCCAGCGCAACUCUCAGCACAUCGACUCCGACGAAGAAGGCGAAGACCCCGACGACCUCACCGCAACACCCACUUUCCAAAUCUCGCUCCCCGCCCUCCUCGAAACCCUCCAGAUCUUCGGCCUUACCGACCCCAACACCUCCAAGCCCCCCUGGGCCCGCGACAACCCCACCAGCACCGCCUUCUCCAACAACGUCCUCGGCAUGAACAACAUGUGCCGCAUCCUGUACACCUCGCUCGGCUCCCCGCUCACCAUCAUCCUCACCGAAGCGACCAUCCGCACGACCUGCGACCUCACGACGUACGAGCCUGCGUUUAGCGAGGAGAUACCAUUCGACAGGGCGAAUCUGUCUUUCAAGACAAUCAUGCGCGGGAAUUGGCUAUGUGACGCAGUGGGAGAGUUAAGUAGCACGACUCCAGAGAAGUUAACGCUGUGGGCGAGGACGAGGGGCGGGAAACCGUACUUCGCGCUGUCGUCUUCCGGAACCCUGGGCUCCGCGAGGGUGGAAUUCAACAACAACCCCCAACCGUCAUCGCGCGCGCCGCCACCUCCGCCGCCGAAUCCUUCCAGCGCCGCGGCGCCAGACCAACAGCCGCAGGCUAAUCUGCUGGAGACGUUCCAGCUCGGAGAUCCAGAGACGACGCUCCGCGCGAGCUAUAAAUUCUCGCUCAUUCAAAGGGCGGCGCGCGCCAUGAGCGUGGCGACCAAGGUCAGCAUACGGGUGGAUGCGCAGGGCGUGCUGAGUCUGCAGUUCAUGAUCGAGGUGGAGACGGGGAAGGUGAGCUUUGUGGACUUCCGCUUCGUCCCCCUGGUGGAAGAGGAUGACGAGGAGGCGGAUGAGACUAUGCUGGGUGAUGGGGAGGCAAGUGGGUCCGACGAUGACGAUGAGGAUAUGCUGUAGCCCAGCAAUCUCAGUCACAGGGAGAAGCAAUUAUAGAGAAAAAGCUUCAGCAAAGCGCCGAUUUUCGUGUUUAUUCGUCUACUAGUGAGCUGCAGUGACUGCUGCUGCCUGCCUUCAUGACCUGUCCUCUCCCGCCUAGGUCGAAAAAUACUAACGUACACGUCCGUCUAGCCAGCUUUCGCCUACAGACGCCGGCACCACCUGCUUGACCUGCAAAUCUGCACGCACAGCAAUUUGCCGGGGGUGGGUGUGCUGAGAGCUGCCACGCUCAUCAGGU